AAAUGUUGUUGAUCAUCAAAACAUGUUGAACCCUGUCAGUUAAUGUUCAUAUUUGGUUUUGUUCAAUGGUUAAAAGAGUAAAAAUUUGAUUAUUCCAGAUUAUUCGCAGAUUCAUUCACGUGAGCGGUGAUUUGUUUAAACUAGGGUGUACGAAUUACACCGCAAUUAUGGAACAUCCUUUGCCACACAUAAUGGAAAGUGCCGAUGACUUUGGUGGCAAACCGAAAGAUAGGUUAGUCUCCAUUUUAGAUCAAAUUGAAAUGCAUGUAGAAAAAUUACGAAAGGAUGCCUCAAGAUUGGAAGAAGAAAAGGAUUCAUUAUUAACAACUCUAGACACACUUCGCAACAAUGAAGUACUUAUUUCUUUAGAAGAUUCGGACAAAGAUGAUGUUUUGAGAUACGCCGAGAGAUUGUCUAUGAGAUGUUUGACAGUUGAUGUACUCGUGAAGGUUCAACGCGAUCAUAUCCAACAAGAAGCCUUACAUCAAGUGAAUGGCUUAAUUGACAAAUUAAUUGUCAAUUUACGUGACGAUCCAAGUGCCACUAGACUGAGAUGUGCUUCGUUUAUGAAUGCCUGCUCUUCACAGGGCAUAGGCCAUUCCGAUAAAAUGUUUGAAACAGCCAUAUUAGGAUGCACCAUGGACGAUCAAAAGAGAGUGAAAAAACGAUUGCAAGGUUUACUUGACUAUAUCGAUAAAGUCCAAACAAUAGAGCUCCCUUAAAUUGUGUCCGGCAAAAGUUACUUUCUCCAAUAAUAAUUCCAUUUAAUGCAUUUUAUAACUGGUUUUUCCACAAUCAAUAUGUGAACAAUUUUGAGAAUUUGAUGAAGGAAAAAUCUUAGAAAAAGCAGCAAACUCUUUUUUCUUCGUUUCGUUCUUUUCGUUUUUAAAGAAAUCAAGUUUGCGUUUAAAACUAAUAUGAUUUGUCAUUAAACUGCAAUAAAUCAUUUUAGUCAAAUUGG